CGUCACGUGAUCUCCGGUCACGUGAGGCGCCGUGGCUAGUCGGGCCCGUCUCGUCGCUCGCCGCCAUGUCGUCUUUCCCCGAGCUGUAUUUUAACGUGGAUAACGGUUACCUGGAAGGGCUGGUGCGCGGUUUUAAGGCGGGGGUGCUCCGACAAGGCGACUACGUGAACCUGGUGCAGUGUGAGAGCCUGGAGGACUUGAAACUGCACCUCCAGAGCACAGACUAUGGAAACUUCCUGGCCAAUGAAGCCUCCCCGCUCACCGUCUCUGUUAUAGAUGACAAGCUGAAGGAGAAGAUGGUCGUGGAGUUUCGUCACAUGAGGAACCAUGCAUAUGAGCCCCUGGCAAGUUUUCUGGACUUCAUCACGUACAGCUACAUGAUUGACAACGUCAUUCUGCUGAUCACUGGGACUCUGCACCAGCGUUCGAUCUCCGAACUGGUGCCCAAGUGCCAUCCUCUGGGAAGUUUCGAGCAGAUGGAAGCUGUGAACAUUGCUCAGACGCCUGCGGAGCUCUACAAUGCAAUCCUGGUGGAUACUCCCCUGGCUGCUUUCUUCCAAGACUGCAUAUCUGAACAGGACCUGGAUGAAAUGAAUAUUGAAAUAAUUCGAAACACGCUGUAUAAGGCUUACCUGGAGUCCUUCUACAAGUUCUGCAAGGUGCUGGGAGGUACCACAGCAGAUGCCAUGUGCCCCAUCCUGGAGUUUGAAGCCGACCGGAGGGCCUUCAUUAUCACCAUCAACUCCUUUGGUACUGAGCUGUCCAAGGAGGACCGAGCAAAGCUGUUCCCGCACUGUGGCAAGCUCUACCCUGAGGGCCUGGCUCAACUAGCCAGAGCAGAUGACUACGAACAAGUCAAAAAUGUUGCUGACUACUACCCUGAGUACAAGCUGCUAUUUGAAGGGGCUGGCAGCAACCCUGGAGACAAGACCCUUGAAGACAGGUUCUUUGAGCAUGAGGUGAAGCUGAACAAACUGGCCUUCCUCAACCAGUUCCACUUUGGAGUCUUCUACGCCUUUGUGAAGCUGAAGGAGCAGGAGUGCCGCAACAUUGUGUGGAUCGCAGAGUGCAUUGCCCAGCGGCACAGGACCAAGAUUGACAACUACAUUCCCAUCUUCUAACCCCACUCUGCUCCUGUCUGACCCUCCUGCCCCUGGAGUCCGGAGGGACCCCUGUGUAACUCCCUGAGUUCUCCCUUGCCCAGACACCAGGGAUGUCCCGUCUGUGGAACUGGCUCAGAUGAGGAAACUGUACAGUUGCUAGUUAAAUUAUUCACAAGCUGAAGUUGUGUGUGCUGUGAGGGGUCCAGAGGGACCAGUGGCACAGGCUCGGCCCUGUGUAGCAGGAGGCACUCCUCCUGUUGUGCAUCUAAUAGUCCCCGUGUUACUGUACUUAUCUGCUGUAUGCCCUUACGCUUGUGGAGCAGGCACCAGCUGGGGGGGGCUGCUGCCUCCAAGGGGUUCCCACAGCUGCAGAGGAACACAUCGGGGCUGGGGGUCCUCUCUGUCGGUGCUCUGCACGCCUCCUAGUCAGUGUUGUCCCUGUGAGAUUUAGUUUGAGUGUGAUUUGUAGCGUAGCCCAUGCUACUGUGCAAUGCCUGCAUCCCCCCCUGUAACUAACCCUGACCUGGGAGAGACCGAGCAGCCCUGGCCAGGACUGGGACGGAGCCUGUGGGGAACACGAGGGCAGAGCCAGAGCGGCUGUGGAGGAUGUUCCUCCCCACUCGGGUGGCGUCUGCACUGGCGCAGCCUCGCUGUGCGCUCAGAAGCAUCCGCCUCCCUCCAGCCCUACACCUUGAAAGAGUUCCCCAAGCUGCCUGAGCUCCUUCCUCCCCUGAAGACCCGUGGUUUGGAGUUUACUGGCACAAUCGUGCAAGAGUCGGGGCUCCUUUUGGCUCUGGGGCUGGUGCUGCACCCCUGCCACCGCCCCAGGGCAGGCAUCCAGGCUGGUGCAGCCUCCUCCCCUGCACAGGGUGUCCCGUGCUGCAGAGCUAUACGGGCAGAGCACCCUUGGGUCACCCUGAGGAGUGCAGCUGGUGCCAGAGAUGUCCCACGUCCUGCCCGGCUGUGGUUAGGGAGUGGGAGCCAUGCCCUGGGCAUGGCGUGGCUGCUCUUGUAUAUCCCAGCUUGCUCCCACUUGCCCGUGAGGUCUGAGAAAUGCCCCGUGGCAGCAGAGAAGCCGCACUGGUGGGAAACAGGUGCUCGGUGCUGCUGCUGGGAGGGAUGGAUGGAGAGUGGCUCUGUCCCAGCUUGUGCUACGGUCACCUCUGCAGUGUUUGUUACCCCGUGAUCCCUUCCUCUCUCCACCAAUAAAUAUCUGCCUACUGCA